UGGUAGUCCACAAAUAAUAGCCCAAACUCGAAGGUGUUGGGCAACCGAACAAUAAACCUCUUUCAUAUAUAAAAGGGCUUGGUUCUGGAAUUGAAACAAACACAUGGAGGGUUUGAUGUCCUUGAGAGCCACACCUAGGGUUUCGUUCCAGACCAUUCCAUCCUCCCUCUACUCCAAAUUCUCUCAACGGAGGUCAAUUCCAUUUCCCGAGAAGCUAAUGGCCGAUCAGAAAGUGACUAAUCUCUCGAUACCCUGCAUUCGAGCUCAACAGCCCGAGUUGAAGGAAGAAUCUGUGCCACAUUCCUCAGAUACUAUUUCCGAGGUAGAUGCUUUGAAAAUCAAAGAAUGGGAAGUGGGAAGGUUGCAAGAUGAAAUAGCUGCCACCCAGGGUAUAAGAAUCAGAAGACGGCCACCAACAGGACCUCCUUUGCAUUAUGUGGGACCUUUCGAGUUCCGCAUGCAGAAUGAGGGCAACACUCCUCGUAACAUACUGGAGGAAAUUGUGUGGAACAAGGAUGUCGAAGUCUCACGGAUGAAAGAAAGAAGACCUCUUUCGACACUUAAGAAUGCUCUUGAUAGGGUUUCUCCUGCUAGAGAUUUUAUUGGAUCCCUCAAGGCCUCAAAUUUACGAACUGGAUUGCCUGCUCUGAUUGCUGAAGUGAAAAAGGCGUCUCCAAGUAAAGGAGUUAUAAAAGAAAAUUUUGAUCCAGUUGAGAUUGCUAAAGCUUAUGAGAAAGGUGGAGCAGCAUGCCUCAGUGUUUUGGCAGAUCAGAAGUAUUUUCAGGGAAGCUUUGAAAAUAUAGAAGCCAUUCGAAAUGCCGGAGUACAGUGCCCUUUAUUAUGCAAAGAGUUCAUUAUAGAUGCAUGGCAAAUCUACUAUGCUCGGACUAAAGGUGCAGAUGCCAUUCUGUUAAUUGCGGCUGUUCUGCCGGAUCUUGACAUCAAAUAUAUGACAAAGAUUUGCAAGUUGCUUGGGUUGACAGCACUUGUUGAGGUGCACAAUGAGAGGGAAAUGGAUCGUGUCCUUGAAAUAGAUGAGAUUGAGCUUAUCGGCAUCAACAACCGAAACCUUGAAACAUUUAAGGUUGAUAUUAGUAACACCAAAAAACUGCUUGAAGGAGAUCGUGGGCAACGGAUCCGUCAGAAAGACAUAAUUGUGGUUGGUGAAUCUGGGCUCUUUACUCCUGCUGAUAUUGCCUAUGUUCAAGAAGCUGGUGUGAGAGCGGUGUUGGUUGGAGAGUCUAUUGUGAAACAGAAUGAUCCUACAAAGGGUAUAACUGAACUUUAUGGUAGAGAUAUUUCUUGUUAAGUUCCAGAGAAACUUUGAGGUUUGUUUUGAGUGGAACCCUACCCUGUUACCGUUCCCCCCUCCCCUUGGGUUUGAUUAAUAUACAUUCCAGUUCCAAAUAUGUAAUGCAAUAGACUGCUGUAUCAGUGAAAAUCCUAAUAGUAUUCCAAAGUUCUAUUCUGAAAGUGUACCGGAUUCGAGACAUAUAUAUAUGUUAAACUUAAACCUAAUUUUUAUGUCCACUGAAUACUGGUCUAUGCUGUUUUAGAUGCACA